GUGUUCCUCCAAAAGGUUACCAUAUUCAGUGCUGCAUGACCGCAGCCAACCAUGUGUGUGAUUUUUUAGCAUUGUGCAAACUGAAGGUCUGUAAAUUUGUUUACGGUCAUACAGAAUUUUGUGGAGUCCUACAUGAAAGUAAUUCAUUCAGAAAAUGGAGGCAAGGCAGCUGAAAAAAGAGGUUGAGGCGCUUAUUGGUGAUUACAUUGGGCAGAAACUGAGAGAAACAUCUUUUGAUCCAAAGGGGAAGGGGACCUCCUCAACGCUGGAUGAACUGGCUCACUAUGACCUGGCCAUUAGUGUUGCCCUUUGGUGGUUGGACAAAGAAGAGGGACGGGACAUGCUUGAUGGAGACAUCUUUGGAGCAACAAGUAGCUCAGGAAGUGCCCAGUACCCUAAUCGCUUAGAACGAAAGGCCAUGAUUCUGUCAUCAUUUGCUGGGAUAAUUAUGAACAGCCUUCCGGUGGAGGAAAUCCUGGCUCUGUACAGGUGUAAACCAGCUGCUUCAUACCCUAACCAGAAGGGCCCAAUUGUGUACCCCUUCACUCUAUCCUACCAUCCGUUUGCUAUGCUUGGCUCUUACAAGGCGGUGUACCACUCCAAGAAGCAAAGUCAAAAGUUGAAAAGAUGGCUGUCUGAGAGGGAGAAAGCUAGUGCCCUGCCUGGACAAGUUUCAGUGCACUCAUCUUCAUCUUCCUCCUCCUCGUCUCACUCCUUUCUCAGUGACAACAGUGAUCGCGGGGAGGAAAGAGCUGAGCACUAUGAAGGUUCACUGGAGUCUCUGCACGACUGACGUCCCCCUCCUGCAGUUACGUUGUGUCCUCCUGAUGGGCUUUAUAUCUAAUUUCUUGAGGAAAAAAGUGUUUGAGUACAAGAGUUUCUCACUUCUGCUGUCUUUGCUUUUCUUUUUACUGUCACACUGACAGUGCUUCAGCUUCAUGUAGUGAAUAAGUACGGUAU